UUUAUUGAAGUUAUUCUGGCUGCUGGAGAGCAGUGGGCUGGGGAACGCGCAUAUAAGCCGUGGACGCGCACGGUGGGCGGCACCGUUUCCAGGAGUGUUUCCAGUCUGGAGACAGUGUUACGUGCGCUCUUCUCCAAGUUGGAAGUGCGAGAUCAUCUGCGACUUCAUCUACUUCUCCUGCAACGCACAACGUCCCGUAAGGUUCAUCAUGGGAAACCGGUUCAGCAGAGGGCGAGAAGCCCCAGCCAACAGUGCUGAAACUGCUGCCACUGAACAGCAGGCUGCAGCAGAGCCAGCAGCUGAGAAACCAGCAGAGGAUUCUGGGACGACACCGACUCAGCAGGCCGUCGUACCGGAGUUUGUAGGUGAAGUGGUGACGUGUUAUGCCGCUGAACCAGCGCAGUCUAUGACUGAAAUGCAGAUUCCUGUUCUCUUGGAGCCACUGACUGAUGCUGACCCAGAGCCUGUGGCAAAGGAAACCCCAGCUCCGGUCCAAACCGAGCCUCUGGUCUCCGUCUGCGAACCUCCAGAAUCAGAACCUGUUGCUGAGCCAGAACCUGUUGCUGAGCCAGAACCUGUUGCUGAGCCAGAACCUGUUGCUGAAGCUCAGCUUAAUCCAGAGCCAGCUCCAGAGCCAGCUCCAGAGCCUGAACCCGAGCUUGUUCCCGAACCAGAGGCAGAAGUUGAGGCAUUCCCUGAACCCAUUUCAGAGUCCGUACCAGAACCAACUGAGGCUAUGGAGCAGAAGACAGACCUGCUUAGCCAAGAGUCUCUCCCUGAGCCAGCGAUUUCUUCAACACCUUUGCUCGACCUAGGCGUCCUUGACGAAACUCCCCAAACUAUUGACAUUCCUCCCUUCGCUGCUCCACUCUCUGCCCCAGUCAAUGGAGAAGAGCUGACCCAGGAAUGCCAAGACAGUGCUGAGAUUUCUGUGAUUCCCUCACUUGAGCCUGAAGAGAGCGAGGAGACGUCAGAGUCUGUGGAAAACCUGAUGGAGGUGGAGGCUGCAGAGAAUUUGGAGCAGCUUGUGAGUGAUUUCAGCGAGGAAAGUGUUUGUGGACUGCUGAAGAACUUGGAGCUGAAAGGAAAUGACCUAGUCUCUGACCUCAUUCCCACCGAUGUCAAGAUCCCUGACAUGAGCACUGCCAGUGAGCUGAUGUGAACACAUUGGAAGAUGAUUCGUACAAAAAGUGAAUGGAUAUUUUUUUCUGUGAAUCCCUCUUUAACCCCUUACAUGAAUUCUGGAAGAAUCACAGAUGCAAUGUUUUUCUCUCUCUUAAGUGGUCACAGAAGUGGCAUAAUAAAGGCAAAUGGCUAUUUCUCUGUCUAAAUGAACAAAAAUGUGCCAAAAGGAAAAAAAAAAAAAAAAAAAAAAAAAGGUGUAUUGGUGGGGCUUGAACAGGACAGGGGUUAUGAGUGUACUUAAGUGUAUUGCUGGACAAGAGAGCUCUUCCUCUAUGCAAUUUCAACAAGCAAGAAUUGAAAUGAAUUUCUUUAGGAGAAAAAGAAGCCAUUGCUUUAUAAUAAUGCCUUACAGAAAAUGGUUAUAGGGAAGAAUUUUGAUGUUGACCGAGUACAGAGGGAAAAGCAAAAGCUUUUUGAGGUGGAUACCGGGUAUGUGAGUCUGCAGCACUCCAUCGGUGAAAGCAAAACGAUAGGCAAGGGACAGUAGCAAUGCAACCAAAGAUGGAAACACUAUGUUAUCAGGAUACAAGUGUCUAAUAAGCAUUUCUGCCUUAACAUUAUCAUGUUUAGACUUUGUAAGAUUCUGUAUCUUUCUUGUUUUCUAAUUCAACAAUGGGAUUUAUUUUUUUUAACCCAUGUUGUGGCUUGCUUGUGAAAAUAAAAAUAUUAUACUACAUUUGUU